AUGCACGACUGGCAAGGGGUCUACCCGGGUCUGCACCCGAAAAACGCUCACUUCUGCCCCAACAUGCGCGGAAUGUUCAUGUACACCUGUCAGCCCAGUAAACCAUUACGUAUGGAUCUUGUGGAGUUCUGUAAAGACUACUCGGCGUUCUGCAAUGUUCCUAACUUCCAUCGUCUUCCUGGACCACGUAUGGGACCACCUUCUGGCGAUCAAGGAGUUGGACAUGUUGGCGUGAACGGCAAGUUUGGUUUUGGCGUCGGAGCUGUUCCAGGACUGGAUAUCGGAGUCGGAUGGGGAGUGGAUGUUGGACCUAUACCGGGCAUGGGUGAAAGCGUAGGGGUCGGCAUCGCGUACUCGAUUUCGGAAUCUGAGGAGCGAAAAAUCACCUGGACAGGUACCGCAGGGACAGGACAAUCCCACAUGAAUAAGGGCGGUGGUAUCUUCGGUAUCAGUAGCGGUGUUGGUGUAAAAGCACCGGGUGCAGGAAAUAUUGGUGUCGGCUCCGGAAUCGGCGUGGGAAAGUAG